UUAAGCUCUGCUAUUCUUUAUCUUUAUUAUUAAGGAAAGCAUAAGACAUACACAUAAGAAAGGAAUUAAUUUACAUACAUACAAAUCAUGAAGCUUUUGGUCCUGUUUGCUUUAGCAUGUGCUUGCUUCGCUGGUAAUGCUGCAGGUCGGAGGAGAACAAGCCCCACUUCUUUCAACGUCCUGCAUUUUGGCGCCCGAGCAGACGGGCUCACCGAUGAUAGCAAUGCAUUCAUGGAAGCAUGGAAGGCGGCGUGUGCAUCGAGCGGCACGGUCAGGCUUCACAUUCCGAGGGGGACUUAUUUCGUCGGCCCCGUCAAGUUUACGGGCCCUUGUGUAAAUGUUCAUUCCUUAACAGUUUAUAUGAAGGGAUACUUGAAGGCAUCUACUGAUCUGAGCAAGUAUGUGAAGGGCGAUGAUUGGAUCGAGAUCGGAUGGGUCGAUAGGUUGACAUUGACUGGAUUCGGGACUUUUGAUGGCCAAGGAUCUGUUUCAUGGCCUUACAACAAUUGCCCAACGAAGAAGAAUUGCAAAGUUCUCCCGACUUCGAUUAAGUUUGUCGCAGCCAAUAACACAGUGGUGAGGGGUAUAACAUCUGUGAAUAGUAAGUUCUUCCACAUUGCCGCUGUGGGUUGUAAUAACUUCUGGGCAAGCAAUAUCAGGAUCACUGCACCCUCAGAUAGCCCGAACACUGAUGGAAUUCACAUCGAACGUAGCUCGGGCGUUACUAUAUACAGCUCUGUGAUCGGAACUGGCGACGACUGCAUCUCUAUAGGACAGGGGAACUCGCAUGUGCUUCUAAGUGGGAUCAAAUGUGGACCCGGGCAUGGUAUCAGUGUUGGGAGCUUAGGAAGGUACCAGAAUGAAGGAGAUGUGAGGGGGCUCGUAGUUAGAGAUUGCACUCUCGCUGGAACGACGAACGGGCUAAGGAUAAAGACAUGGGAGAAUUCUCCUGGAAGUAGCUUGGCGACGAACAUGACUUUCCAGAAUAUAGUGAUGAAGAGCGUGGCAAAUCCCAUUAUUAUCGACCAGACGUAUUGCCCUUACAUGUCCUGUUCUUCAAAGGUGCCAUCUCGUGUUAAGAUCAGCGACAUCUCCUUCAGGAGCAUACGAGGAACAUCGACAACCCCCGUGGCCGUGACUUUCCGGUGCAGCAGAGGGAUCCCGUGCCAGAAUAUCAAUCUCCACGACGUCCACCUAAGAUACGUGGGGCGGGAACCUGCGACCGCCCAGUGCUUGAACAUUAAGGCUAGGUAUAGUGGGAUGCAAAUCCCUCCGCCAUGCAAGUAAAAACGAGUAGUAGUACUAGUUGCAAAUUAUCAGAAAAAGAAAGGAAGAAAAAGAAAAAGAAAAAGAAAAAAAAACAAGAAAUAGCAGUAGUAUGAGGCGCAGGCCAAAACAGGUGUGUAAGUGCCUAAUGGGUAAACUCAUUGAAGGGGGUAGCAAGCCAUUUGAACUCAUGCAUGAGUCAUGACCAGCUUAGCCAAGUCCAGUAAGAGGGUACGGGGAGACCUGCUCAUUAAUUUGAGCUAGAAUUUGACUGUAUUUUGGGCUUCCAAGGAUUGCACGGUGAAAUGGGCUUCAUGAUUCUUUACUAACUAAUUCAACAUUAUCCCAUAUACGCCGCAGUGUAUUAUUUGUGUUAUCAAUAUUAAUGAAAUUAUUAU